CUUUUCGAGAUCUGGGAACUGGUGCUGAAAAGGUUUGAAAAUGCGCUUGAUGAUAAGCCCAGCGUUAGUUCUAUUUUCUCUCAGCCUGUUUAUUACGAGUGGGAAUAGCGACAGAUAUGGACCACCGAUUUCAAGAGGGUGUCCAGUCGACAAAUGUUGCAAACACGGGUUUAAAUGGUAUUGGUCAACUGGAGGAAGAUAUUAUAGAUGGAAAUCUAUGUUUUCCGAAGUAGAAGAAAGUAAACAGUGUGAUUAUGGUAAAGUGUUUGACGUGAGGAAAUGCUACUGCGUUAGGGUAGAAGCAGGGUGUCCUUAUGGCAAGUGUUGUAAAUACGGGAAAUGGUAUUGGCCAGUCGGUGGAAGGCACUAUCAAUGCAAAGUUUUACCCGACGGCCAUAUAGAAAGUAAACAAUGCCCAUAUGGUGAAGUGUUUGACUUGAAGAAAUGUGGCUGUGUUAAAGCUGCUACAGGUUGCAAAUGGUCACCAUUUGGUGAUUGGGAAUACAUAGAUCAGUGCUCUAAACCAUGCGGUGGGGGAUAUAGAAGAAAACGAGGAACACGCACUAAACAAAUCAGCCAUGAGCCUAAUGACAAAUGCGAAGGAGAUGAGCAUAAAAUAAUCAGUGUGCCAUGCAACAUAGAUCCUUGCGAGAUAUUGUGUGAGCCUCCUUUGCCAUAUGCACCAGCCAAUGGAUAUAGGCUUGGGCACAGUGAUACAGAACCGUAUCAUCCGGGAGAGGUUAUCACAUAUAAAUGUGACAAAUGUUACAAGAUUAAAGGGGGCGAUGAUGAUAUUAAGUGUAAACCUAAUGGUCAAUGGGAUGGUCCCGUUCCGACUUGUGAAAAAAUAAGAUGUCAAACGGUUCAAGCCCCUUAUAACGGUUACAUAGUAUACGCUGACAGGAAUUGUGAUGGCAGAACUAAAUUUGCCUGUAACGAGGGAUAUAAAAUUGUUGGAUAUGCUGAGAUUAAAUGUUUGGAGAAUGGUCAAUACAAUUACAAUCCACCAAAAUGUGUCCUAGAGUGUCCUACCGGAAAAUGUUGCAAAAAUGGAAAAUGGUAUUGGCCAAUUGGCGGAAGGGGAUACCAAUGCAAAGUUUUACCUAAUGGACCUGUCGAAAGUAAACAAUGCCCAUAUUGCCAAGUGUUUGAUGUGCAGAAAUGUGAUUGCGUUGACGUUGAAAUUCAAUGUAAAGCGGUUCAAGCUCCUCAUAAUGGUUACAUAGUAUAUGCUGACAGGAAUUGUGAUGGCAGAACUAAGUUUGCUUGUAACGAGGGCUAUAAACCUGUUGGAUAUGCUGAGAUUAAAUGUUUGGAGAAUGGACAAUAUAAUUACAAUCCACCAAAAUGUGUCCUAGAGUGUCCUCCCGGAAAAUGUUGCAAAAAUGGGAAAUGGUAUUGGCCAAUUGGCGGAAGGGGAUACCAAUGCAAAGUUUUACCUAAUGGACCUGUCGAAAGUAAACAAUGCCCAUAUUGCCAAGUGUUUGAUGUUGACAAAUGUGACUGCGUUGAUGUUGAGAUACAAUGUCAAGCGGUUCAAGCCCCUGAUAAUGGUUACAUAGUAUACACUGACAGGGGUUGUGGCGGCAGAACUAAGUUUAAUUGUAACGAGGGAUAUAAACUUGUUGGAUAUGCUGAGAUUAAAUGUUUGGAGAAUGGACAAUACAAUUACAAUCCACCAAAAUGUGUCCUAGAGUGUCCUUCCGGAAAAUGUUGCAAAAAUGGGAAAUGGUAUUGGCCAAUUGGCGGAAGGGGAUAUCAAUGCAAGGUUUUACCUAAUGGACCUGUCGAAAGUAAAGAAUGCCCAUAUUGCCAAGUGUUUGAUCUGGAGAAAUGUGAUUGCGUUGACGUUGAAAUACAAUGUAAAGCGGUUCAAGCCCCUGAUAACGGUUACAUAGUAUACGCUGACAGGAAUUGUGAUGGCAGAACUAAGUUUGCUUGUAACGGGGGAUAUAAACGUGUUGGAUAUGCUGAGGUUAAAUGCUUGGAGAAUGGUCAAUAUGAUUACGAUCCACCAAAAUGUGUCCCUGAGUGUCCCCCUGGUAAAUGUUGCAAAAAUGGAAAAUGGUAUUGGCCAAUUGGCGGAAGAUACUAUAAAUGCAAAGUUUUACCUAAUGGAAAUGUUGAAAGUAAACAAUGCCCAUAUUGCAAAGUGUUUGACGUGGAUAAAUGUGACUGCAUUGACGCUGAGAUACAGUGCUCAUCGGUCCAAGCCCCUCAAAAUGGAUAUGUUUCUAACUCUGACAGAAAUUGUGGCGGGAGAACUAAGUUUAAUUGUAACGGGGGAUAUAAACUUGCUGGAUAUGCUGAGAUUAAGUGUUUGGAGAAUGGCCAAUACAAUUACAAUCCGCCAAAAUGUGUUCCCGAUUGUAGAGGGGGAUGGGGACCAUGGGGUGAAUGGCAUUGUGACUCUUGUAAGAGGACUGGAUACGGACGCAAUAAACGAUGCAGUAAGACAUGUACUAAGAUAAGGGUGUGCCGACCAUGCGGCUAUCGUGGCUAUAGCCGUGAUGAUGAUGAUGAUGACGAUCGCAGAAAGAGAAACACGAAUGACGAUGUCGAACUCGUCCGAAGAGACGGAGGAGGAGGGCCGUCAUGCGACGGAGAUUCCAAAGCUUAUAAGACAGUAUCAUGCUACUGUUAA